ACACCGCCCGCUCACAAAGGCGGCAGUCACGCAGUCUCGGUGUCUCACUCACACCCCGUCUCUCUCUCUCUGUCUCUCAGCUCCUCUCGUCUCUCCUCGUAUCCUCUCUCCUCCUCCUCUUCAUCAUCAUCCUGCUGCUGCUGCUCUUCUUGCUGCUGCUGUAGCAGCAGCAGCUGCUGCCACUAUCCUCUCGCGCCGUGGCCAUUACAACGAGUCCGGCCUGGAGGCUGUGUCCAGGGAAGCGGGCCGGGGGUGCAGGGCUGCACUCAUGUGCGAAGGGACGACACGAGGAGGACACCUCGCCCGAACAUCAUCAUCAUCAUCUUGUGUGGACACGACGCUCACCUCGUGACCCCGUGACCCCUACGCGGGGGUCACGGCACCGGCGCGAUGCUCCGGGUGCUCACCAAGAGGCUUCGGGCUCAGUCGCUGAGCGAGCCAUGGCCUGGCUCCGCCAAGGUGACGUGCUCCUCCAGCGACGAAGAUGAGACUCAGGACUCGGAGGAUGAAAAUCAGGAGCUGGCCCUCAUCGACAAAGAGCACCGGCGGUGCGGCGGAACGGGAGCGGCGCAGGCCGUGCACCAUCAGUGGGAAUUCCGCGCGGUUUCGCGGACCAGCUCGGCACCGGAGCGUCCCGGCUGCGAAGACGACCCCGAGCGACCUCCUGCGGCGGCGACGGUGGCGGCGCCGGCGCCGUUCACCGACCGGUGCGGGUGCGGCACGGUCCAGCGGCCCCAGUCGCUGCCCGAGAAGCGCAAGCGCGCCCCCGUGGACAUUUGCUCGAGCGACGACGAGGUGAAGGCGCUGUGCGUCGACGCGGGGACCGGCGGCUGCGGCAGCGGUGCCAUCUUCGGGCCGCUGCCUCCGCAGGCCGAGCAGGACCUCGGGUGCGAGCACCCCAGCGCCUUCAGGCCGAUCCAGCAGAACGAGCAGGACGGCGCGUGCGACGCAGUGCGUGGCGGCGGCCGAUCGCAGCAGACUCUCCACCACCAGCAGCACCAGCAGCAGCAGCAGCAAUAUUUGUCGCCGUGCAAGCGGCUGAGGCCGGGCUGGGAGCAGGCGGCCAGGCCCAGCCUCGACCUGGAGAAAAUGCAGCAGAAGAUGGCGUGGCGCAGGCAGUGGGGCCACGGCGCCAGGACGCGCAUUCUCAAAUUCCGGAGCAUCGGCGGAGGCCCCACGUCCCCGUGUUGCCUGGGUGACACUUCGGUUUUUGCGUUCCGCCCGCCGGGCCUGCUGGUGCCCGUCAAGCCCGUGGCAUCUGCGGAGGGGCCCUCCUGCGCCUACUGAUGGCGCGGCGCACCCUCGCGGGCCGGGUCCGACAGCGGGGCCCUCUGGAUGGGUUUCCGGUGUCUCUCGCGCCCACUCCCCCUGAUCUGCCCCGGGCCACGCCCCCUCGUGGGCUGCGGUGGAACAGUCGGUGACCAUGCGGUGCUGUCGGCCACCCGCCCACCCCCCGAGGGGAGCGUGCUGGGAGCGGGAGAUCGUCUCGUCAGGGUUAUUGUUUGGAAUUGGAGACGCCGCGCGCUCGGCUGCGAUCGCCGAUGCUUCUGUCCGGCUGUGCGGCCGCCGCGGGGCAAGGGGACGCUUCCACAAACACGUCAAGGAUUUGUUUUACUUCGCUCUGCCUUCACCCGGCUCGUGUUCAAAUCUGACGGAUACACGCACGCACCCCGCUGUAAUUUAUUUUGCUUUCACGUGUGGCUUUUUUUUUUGUUUCACUUGCGCGAGUUGCCCCUCGCAAUCAACUCGGUGCCCCGUGUCUGUCCGCGGGGCCAUGCACUUGCUAGUUUCCCAAAUUACGCGAAUGCGAAUUAUUUCCCCAAAGUAAUCGGUUGGAGUCGCGAGGUUCGCCGUCUCCGGAAACCAAACUGUCCAAGCGUUGCGAUGAACUUGCGUAAUAACCAGAGAGAGGUGCAGAAAAAGCGGCAUUCGGAGUUUAUUUUACACGACUCCUUCGCUCCGUAAUUAUCCGGCCCCGUGGCCUCUGGAGGGAGAAGUUGUGCGGCUAUGCGCUCCGAACGGCGUGCGCCAAAUUGGAGGCCAGGUCCAGGGAGGGGUUCAGAUCCAGGAUGUUCGGCUGCCUGUGAUUGAACGGGGUUCUCAAGCGCAGUGGGUUUAUAGUUUCAGGCCAGUCACCGAUGACUGAACAAAAAGCCCCAUCACAUAAAAAAAAAAAUCUGCACUUUGGCAAAAUUUCUGCUCUGAGAAUGAAAUCUUAUCGGUUUUACCGUUCAUUGCGAUGAACUUUGUCCUCAUGAGACAGCGGGUUGGGAAAGUUCUGCCCUCUGCUGUGUGGACCGGAGCUCACUUGAAGGGUUCUCAGAUGUAGCUCUGUGAAAUCCACUUCUUGUGGGCUGUUGUCUUACGUGAAGGGUUCCGCUGUUCCCAGAGGUCAACGUGUUUGUAUUACAUCUCGUGACGCGAUACCAAUGACUCAAUCGAGGUAAACUUGGUUUUUAGUUUUUUGGUUAUUGAGCAAGUGUCCAACUCACCCCUCACUUGGCUUCUACGUCUCCUCUGUGUCUCCGUCUUACCUCGUGCCCCUCCUCAGCGUGGCCUCGUUUGCACCACAACCACGCUCGCAACGAUCCAUGACCAGCGCGUCGAUUGUCAAAAUCAUUUUGCGGAGACUCGGGGACCCUGAAUGAAAUCAGCCGCUGUGACCUUGCAGUUUGUAAUUGUGGCAGUGCAUUGUCUCUCUGAUGAAUUAACUGCACACCAUGCCACAUCACGCUCUCUGGUUUGAUCUUUUUAAAAUUCGCGAUGAACUUCGGGCACCCAUCAGUCGGUGACCGCUCGCCAUUCACGGUCUAACAUUUGGCUUAUUUCCGCAUGAAGCUCUGGCAUUUUCCAAUGUCUUGUCUUGAGUCGGACGUCCUAAGCUUCUUUAAUAGAAUGUUUCACCGAGCCGAUUAUCUGCUGUGCGAAACGUGUUGCCUGUGCUUUGUUUGAACACGACGUUAUACUACCCUCGGAUAUUAUAAGCUGUUUAUUUUAAGCGCGGCGUUCGGUUGAAUCAAAAGGCAGUGAACGGCAGAGCGGAAGCGGUACUGUUUGAGUUUUAGGAUCCGACGAGAGAAGGAACGCUCCGAUAACGUUCGAGACUUUGGCGUAUUUGCAAAGCGCGUACGGGAAACUGGGUGGCGCUCGUCAACACACUUGCACAAGGAGCACAAAACAAAAGAUUGUUCGGCGCGCAAGCGGAACCGGUGGGUGGGGAGGGAGGGGGGGUGUGAAGCACAAUGGAAAGAGAAGGCUAUGAUUUACCGCGGACCGUUUUUCAAUCUCACAUUCCGUGAACCUCGCACCGCUCGCACACAUUCCCGUCCGGGUUGAAGGAGGUGUUUCCUGUUUACAGAAGAGUUCGCCGCAAAAGCCGGGAGACGCGUUUUCUAAAGACUCGCGCGACGCCGUUGAGCCAGAAGGGCUGAUAACCUGGUGUUGGUGAUUGUUGACAAAUAUUCUUUAGAACCUUUUCAGUCGCUUUGUGGCCUUGAGUUUGGUAUUGUUCCGGGCAGGUUCAGUACAACCGGACUUUGCAUAUGCGUUCAUAAAUCGGUGAACCGGAAACGUUGCAGUCUUUCAUUUUAUUUCCUCCCUCCACCGGUGAAUUUUCCGUGUUUUUGUUCUAACCUUCAUGACAUUUGUACAAACACAUCUGUGCAAAGGUUUUAAUGUCGCCGUGCGAUGGCUACUGAAAUUGGGACGGCUUCGGCCGGACUCCCCCCCCGCCCCCGUCCCCGUUUGGCGGUGGCACGGCACCUCGGCCGUACAUCGGCCGAACGUUGGCCAGUCCGUGCAGUCUCUUGUGCGUCGCGAACCGCUUCGUGUCUUCACGCGUUACGCACGCUGCGCACAAGAGCCCAUGUCCCAGAAUGAACUGCAGUUUCUCGACGGGGGCUAAACGCUUCUGUGUUGAUUAUUGUUGCUGAAAUCUGCUGACGAGCGGAUUUUUAUAAGGAAGAGAUUUUACUGCCGUUGCUGUUGGACGCUGCGUCGGAGAGCUGUCGCAAUUCCGAAAUAUAAACCUCUUGCUUGCCCUGGGGCCAGUGAAAUGUAGGCCGCAGCAAUCCGCAGCUCCACAGUAAUUUAGUUGCCAAGAAAACGUAAAAUACAUGUGUAUUGCAAUGGAACUUAGGAAGUACCGAAAGUCGUAACACAAAUAUUUCAUAAUGAACGUUACGCAUUCCAGCACUUUAGAGGUCGCAUGUUUAAGGCUGACGGCGUCGUGAUUUUGGUUUUCAAUUUGCUGACGGUGUUGAUAUUGAUCUUGUUGUUGAUGUUGAUCUUUGCGCCACUGGGGCUUUAGUGGCGAUGAUUGUAGAGGAUGACCCCGGGGCGUGGGCCACCUCGUGUCGCCGGCGCAAUGGUGACCUUUGCGGUCGGUGGCCGAAAAGCCCCGCGACCCGUUUGCGUGAACCACAUGACCCCGACGUAUCCUAGCAGCUGGGCCCGCACUCCACUCCUGUCCACACCCCGAGUGUCUCCCCUUCGGUGGCCAAACGACCUGCUUUGGCCAGAACAGGGCAGUGUCCCCCUCCCCAAGCUUUUGUGAAAAUCUGGAUUUUGUCGCCGGUUUAAAAUGUUCUGGGGUCAUGCCCCCGACUCGUGAUGCCAGGCCAGUGGCAAAGGCUCCAUUAGCAGUGGGAGGGGUUCUCUGGACAGUGGGAGGGGCUACGUGCGUGGGGGGUGGAGCCUAUGGGAAGUAGGUGGGGGCUAUGGGAAGGAGGCUUGAGCCAUUGGCAAACUUGAGCCGGUGGGUGGUGGAUCAGGGGCGUUUAUGCAAAGAGAGAAUUCCCUGAUGGAGAGAGGGGGCCGCCAGCCCCUCCAUGUGUCCUGGUUGAGCCUCCCCAAGGCUCAAACGAGCAUCUGGCAUAGCUCCUCAUCUCUGUCAGCCACCACGAGACGGCAGUGUAAAUUCCACAGGCUGACUCCUUAGGGUAUUCGUGGGUCACUCAUUUUAUUUAUCCCUGAUAGAUGAUGGUUAGAUGUGAAUCCCGACAGGUAUUCGAAGCACAUGCCAAAUAGUCAUCGAGAUUUUCAGAGAGACAUUGAUUGUUUUUUUGGGCGGGGGGGGGGGUGAGGUUGGAUUUUGCGUCCACAGAGAUGGAGCAAUGAGGGUUCAACUCGUGUGCAAGGUUAGAUGGCUCGCAUCGCGAGGCCACACGAGUGAUGGCGAUGACUUGGAGAGGCCUUCACCCUACGGUGGAUAGAUCACAGCUGAUGGACGAUAAGGGCAACGCCUGCUUUGCGUCCUGCGCACGUCUAUUCGGUGGCUGCUGCGCAUCUGCGCAAGCCGGAUUGGCUAUUAAUAUUUAACUGAUCAUUGUUAAGAGUAAUUGUUAACAGUAAUCGUUGUUCAUGAGCGCAGGGAAGCCCAGAGGGGGGGGAUGUGGACAGAAGGGGACAUUUGCUGCGGGCGUUACACAAACGAGGGCCCGCAACAGGGGCAUGUGGGUAGUGGAAUCAGGGAGGCCCACGUGGCAUUCCACCCCGGGCCUCCAGGAGCCUGCGAGCAGCCCGGGCUGAACGACACUGCACGCACGCGGCCACGUGAGAGCGUUCCUCGCCACGUGGCCUUCUCCAGCCAAACGGACGCUCUACGGCAGAAUUGACGGAUCAUGCCAGCCGGGGUAACGAUGGUUGUGUUAAUGAGCGACUCCUUGAUCAGCAUCGCUCACACGACAAGACCGGAUUCUCCUUUUAAUUACGAUUAACAAAAUUGCUUUAUUAUUCCAAGAAGACGUACCGAGGUAGGGUUACACGCAAGGUAGGUGCCUGACCCAAACCCCCUAAUCCUGAAGCUAACUUGGUUGAGGGCGCUUGGUUGGCAGACAAUGGCAGUGUGGCCUCGUGUCAGGAAUGGAAAUGUGAAGUGAACGCGAGCGGCGAAUCUGCCCUGCGGAUUCAUGCGGCAGAUUUGUUGGGGUCCGUCAAAUGGUGCGGGAGUCGAAUGGGAACGCAAAACGAGCGACCCUCGGUGUACUCGAGUUGUUAUGAUGGUGACGUGUAUAAUUAGCCAGGAAAACAAUCCACGUGGUCGGCUGGCAAUGCUUAGCUUUUACUCGUGCACACAAGUUGGGGCACCGCCCCCACCACCCAUCCGUCCAACAAGGGAGGCGUUUUGACCGCAGGGCGGAGAUCGUAGCCACAGCAGGAGGUGCUAUCGGGGAUUAAUUUGCCACCGAAAAAUAAUCCAGGUCUCUGGUCGACUCGAGUAGGCUUUGCGACUAAUAGCUGUAGCAAUAGCAGCGAUGGGUAUGGUGGAUGUUGGUGGGCCGGGGUGUGCGAAAAUGUUUCCUGGACUACCGAGCCGGGGACAGAGCCCGGCUGCAACCAACGAGCAGGUGGGGGGGGGGGGCAACGGAGCGGCCCGUUUUGUGUGCGCGGCUUCAGUCUCCAGCGUGACACGGCGAGGGUGGUGGCAAAGCGGUCGCCACACCGCUCGCCGCUGUCACAUUGGGGGGUGUGGGGGAGAGACGUCUCGGUCCGGUCUGGUCUCGAGCGUUCCCGUUCGAAAUUCGAACAAGCGCUAAUCCACGUUCACGAUGACAUCGCCGCUUUCUCCGAUGAACACUGCCGAGUGACAGAAUGAAUACAUUUCGUAACAAACUUGAUUUGGAGAUUUCGUGACUGCAGGAAUUACUCUUUGGUUUUUUUGGUAAAGUCACGUCGAAAUAAUUUUUAUGAUUAUUUUUUCUUUCUACGUGACUUUACCGAAAGAACCAAGGAGUAAUACAUAUCGUAGCCUGACGUUUUGGGCAAUCAGCCUCUGCUCUGAAGAUGAGCCUUUGCCCGAAACGCCAGUUUGCAAUGUGCUGCAAAUAAUCUGUCUGUAAAGUCACACGCUUAACUCUGUGCACCCCAAAGUCUGCCACGGACCUCAGGUUGGCAACACACCAAGGGCGCAGCGGGAACGCACCACUCCCAUCAUUCCUCGCUUGCAUGGUCAUGUGGCCACCACAUUGCACGUGCGGUACAACGCUUCUCAGCCUUGCCCAGACCUCCAGCUCUAGAGCUGCGUGUAUUGCCACCCGUUCUUACUGAGCUUUGUCAGUUUGCGUCAUCAAUCGCGUUGUUGGUCUCCUGCGUGGGUUUCCGACUUUAAAUCGCAUGCGCCACUUCGCCCCGUUGUCACAAGCACCAAUUCGCUGCGAUGCUUUGCGCUGAAGUAACGGCCCCCUUUGUGCGUGAAAUGCGCCCGAAUUGAGUUGAAUUCGGUGGCGACCUGGGCGCUGCCUAAUUCGCACGGCGUUGCCUCGCGAUCGUGCGGUCGUCUCUCGCACAACCGUCUCCACCGUGACCGCUCAUUUUCAAUUCUCUACGUCCGGCGAAUUAUUCGUACACUUUGGGCGGCGUAUUCCAGGCGGAAAAUUGUCUUGCGUUGACGACGCACUGUGCCGAGUCUGUGGAAUUUCGUUUCCACGGGCAUGUGUACACUCGCUCACAAAAAAAUAGAACAAAUUCCUGCCGUUACCAAUCCACCGACGGAUGAGAGAGGCCUCGCCACGCCAUCUCGGCCACGGGUUAUUUUUUGUUUGUUUGUUUCGUGACCACACUUCACGCUGCUCGGUGGAGAUUGGGGGCGUGAGGGCAGGGGCAGCGCUGAUAGCGCUUGCCACCGAUGGCUAUAGCCGUGGGCAGGAAUCUAACUCGCCCGCUUCACUGUGCAGCACGCCGAGCACUGGAGCACGUACUUAAGGAACACACUGUAUACAUGUAUAUACAUACAGUACGUACUUAAAACGCUGUGCAAUGAACUGUUGAUAUUCGAUAUUAUGGAAUGCGCCUCGAACACAACAUUAUCGUUAAAGCGUCGUUGUGGGGAAUGUCGAGAACAAAAUAAAUAGCGCUCCUCGUAGUUUGCGUGUCCAAAGCAGGACCCACGUCUUAUACAGUGGGUCCUUGCCGAUUGACAUCGGGCAGUGCACCAGCAUUGGUUUGAGCAAGCCUGACUGCUGAUGAGACACUUGAAUGCUGAUCCUGGCCUAGAGUUUUCCUUGUGCUGCUCAUGGAAAUGCACUCCACGGGAAGCCCUGAGGCCCGAUGGGUUUCGUUGGAGAGGCGAUCGUGUGAAGAGAGAGGCGUUAUUUGUUUUGUACCAUCGCUCGGUCAUGGAACCAACUCGCUCAUCAUCAGCGCGUUGGGAGCUGCCCCGCUCCGGGCUCGAGCUGCCGUUGACAGGCCGUGAAUGUUUGGCCAAGGGCCUCUCGGCGAGUAGUUUGUUGGUCGACCGCAUCCCUGUAAAGGUUACCGCUUUAAUUCCACGCUCACCGCUAGUGGCUUAACGACCCCCCCCCCCCCUUCCUCCUCGCUCUUCACCAACGAAAUCACCAAUGGACUCCGUCUUAUUUUAUAACGCCCCCCCCUCCCCCUUGAAACAGACUGCAGAGGCAAGGUUCACGGCUUGACAAGGCUCAUUCUCACUCGACCUUCUCUGAGAAAUGUCCGCUUACAUCUCUUUCGCCACCACUGACGAAAAUCACCCAGGCACUGUUUGUCAACGUGUGAAUCUGGUCCCUGGACAUAAUGGCCUCUUUUCUGGUCAUACACCUUCAUCCAGCAGUAGUUUCACCAUGGCUGCUGCUGAUGAUGAAGAUGGUCAUCGUGAAGAAGACCUGAUCAUGAUGAUCUCUUCAGUGGCCGAGGAUCACCGCUCGAGUUUGUUAUGGACUGGUUGACAGAGGACUGUGGCUGUGGACCCGUUUGUCAAGUUUGGUCAGCUCUGCCUAUUUCUGUGCAACGAUAUUGACAUAUUCUGAGCAGUAUCGAUCUCUUCGGCAUUUGCAUGUUUGUGAUCCUGCGCUCCUCCUGACGAUAUAAUUCAUUCGAGUCUUUUGAUUUUCUAUCGAAUUGCUCAAAAAGGCAAACGUCAGCGGUCUCCCCUGCUCAGAUAAGCGAACUGGCGAUGCCCUUCUUCGUUCACGGCUCGAGAGCCGGCGGUGUAAGUUUCGCAUUCCCGUGGCAGGCAGCUAGUCCACUGUUUACUUCCCACAAACUCGUGCUGAGCUCAUCGACCUGAGAGAGGAAUGUGUUAUGGGCUGAGUUGACCCCUGGACCAGGAUUUGAACUCGGCCGUGGCACGGGCCGGAUUGUGCGGCCGGGCUCGAGCGUGGGCAGAGGAAGGACUCUGCAGGAAUCGGUUUUGGGCGGUUCGAUCGCACUCCAUUACACGUGACGCGAGACGCGGCGCACGCUGGUAAACGAUGUUGCGUCAGCGGCGCUGGAUGCGUAUAAAGUAUAUUUUUUCACAAGUUCAGCGCUUUAUUAGUAAGGUGCCCUCCCUUGACGAGCUGUUGGCUAAAAUUAGCGCGUUAUCGGUCAUCGCAAAUGUAAUGGGAGUCCAAGCAAUUAUACGGAGGCAAUUAACUUUCGUGUAAUAAUGAUGACAACAUAUAUUUUCUUUCGUAAAAUGGCACCGUUUGCUUUUCUUUGUUUAAAAAAAAAGUUGUAUUAUUCCGUGAUGUUUAUAAACAUUGUAAAAAUAAAACAACCCAAGAGGAAUUCUAUAUUCCUCUCUCGGACAAUGGCAGGCGGCUGCCCGCUGCUGCCAAGUUUAUCGCUUCCCGACGGCGAAGUUGAGCCGGUCCCCUGUGGGAUCCGCGGCCUCUGUGUGAUCACGGCGGCUACGCCACACAGCUCCAAACGCUGCUGCCACCGUCAGCUCACCGUCUCGCAGUAACCGACAGGUAUUACAAAACAAACUGCCGCAAAGAGGUUUACAAAGUUACGGAAUAUCUGGCAGUAGAGGGAUUUUCUUUUGUUGGUCUGUGUUCACGCCUGUUUUGUCAUCUUCGUCGCCGGUGUAACCUAGGAAUGCGUCGUUUUAUUCGCACGUGCCGUGCCGUGCGUGUCCCGUACAUUUCCCUACAAAGACGGGCCGUUUUAUAAUUGCUCCAAGGUGACGUUUGCUACGACGAUAAUGGCCGUAUCUAUAACAAUAAAAUAAUAAAACUGACGAACUUUAAAUAAAGAGCUCCCCCCCAGCAAUAAAGACGGAAGGCUCGCGAGUGGCCCGGGAGAGAGGCCGUCGUCACCUCCCGAUGCAAAGUUCAAGGCGGAUGAAUGGCAGCGGUUUCUGCGUGGAGGACCGACUCCGGCAGAGGACCGACUCCGGCGGAGGACCGACUCCGGCUGCGAACGCGGUCGCUUUGAACGAUCGAAUCCCCUACAGCGGGGUUACCUUGCGUGGCGUGACUCGUGAGCGGUGGUCCACACAGUCGCACAGACCUCACCACCCCCCCCCCCUCGCCGCCGUUAUCAGGGUGGCUGUGUUGGUGGUCGACGACGCUGUUGGGUGGACAGCGUCGUGGGGAAUUCCGCGCGGCUGUCGUGGGCAUUACGGGACCGACGCGCGCCAUCGGAGCGCUGCGUCUCGGUACGCAGCAGAGGCCACUGGCCUGCGGCACCGUGCGUAGACAAGUAGCGUGUGAAUGUCUGUACAUUUCUGUGAAGCUGUUGAUAGUCACUGAAAACAACUCAGGCUUUUCCCUGUGCCUACUCCACUAUGAUUUGUUUUUCCUACUGGACUCCUUGGGUGUAGUCUUAAUAAAGCAACUUUCCUCA